GUUCUCUGUUAUCAAGUCGUACAGUGCAACGCACACCAUGUCUCUGACAAUGCUUGUAGUAUUAACUGUAUAUAACUGCAGUUAAUGCAUUAUUUUAAAGGACUGGAUCUAAUAUUUACCUGUUAAUUAAGAAUUUUGGAACCUGAGAAGAGGAAUUUGAGUGUCGUCAUGAAUCGAAGCAGUUCACAUAGCUCCUCAGAGCUGAGGAUUGUCCUUUUUGGUCCAAAAAAUGAUGAGAAAUGUUCAGCAGGAAACACUAUCCUGGGCAAAAACGAGUUUGACUUGAAGAAGACUUUGCACAGUAUAAAAAUAUGCAGUGAAAUAGCUGGUGCAAAGAUCACUGUGGUUGAUACUCCAGGCUGGUGGGGAAAUUUACCCUUUGAAGAAAAUCCUGAACUGUACAAACAGGAAAUUGUCUUUAGUGUGACUAAAUGUCCUCCAGGACCUCAUGUCCUGCUCCUGGUCUUAAAUGUGGACACACCAUUUAAACAAAAUGAAAAACACGUUCUGUGUGAUAACAUUAGAUAUUUUGGCGAGAAGGUAUGGAGGCACACAAUGGUGUUGUUCACCUGUACAGAUCAACCUGGAGGUAUAACAACACAACAGUUUAUUGAGAAUGAAAGUGAAACCCUUCAGUGGCUCAUUGAGAAAUGUGGGAACAGAUAUCAUGAGCUCAAUACUAAAAACUGGGGUGAUGGAUCUCAGGUGACAGAACUGCUUAAGAAAAUACAGGAGAUGGUGGAAGGAAACAUGAUAUAUGAUAUCGGCCAUUAUGAAAUUGACAGACAGACUUUGCAACAUGUGAAGGAGAAGAGGAGAGAACAGGAAAAGAGAGCAGAGGAAAGAAGGAUGAAGAAUCAGACAAGAUGCAAGACAAGAACAAGCGCCUACUCCAUUUAUGACAAUGUUCCUUCUCAACAGAGAGGUCUUCGUAUUAACUGGUCAGAAUGCUAUAUUAACAUAAUGCUGACCUACAAUACCAUUUUAAAAUAUGUAUGUCUGCCAACAGGAAAUAAACAUCCCCUCUCAGAGAUGAGGAUGGUGCUACUGGGUUAUAAUGGAUCUGGGAAGAGUUCAGCAGGAAACACCAUCCUGGGCAAAUCUGCAUUUGAUUGCAAAAGAUCACUUACAUCUGCUGUAGGAGAAGGAGAUUUUGCUGGAUUUUGCAUUACUGUGGUUGACACUCCAGGCCGAAGAAGAAAUUACCACUCAAAAUACACCCCUAGACUCUAUAAAGAUGAGGUUGUAUUGAGUUCAUCUCACUGUCCUCCAGGACCUCACGUCUUUCUCCUGGUCAUACGAGUGGAUGUUUCUUUCACUGAAGUGUACAAAAAGGCAGUAGAAGAACAUGUUGCCUAUCUUGGUCUAAAUGUCUGGGAUCACAUGAUUGUUCUCUUUACCUUUGGUGACUGGUUGAGAGACACAAGCAUUGAGCUGUUCAUUGAGAGUGAAGGAGAAGCUCUGCAGUCGAUACUAGACAAAUGUGGGAACCGGUAUCAUGUCUUCAACAACAGGAACAAAGAUGAUGGUAAUCAAGUGACUGAGCUGUUAGAAAAGAUAAAAGAGAUGAUAGCAGGAAACAAACGAAGCUUUUUUGAGAUAAACAAAACAAAUUUACAAGAGGUAAAAAACAGAAGGCUGGAAGUAGUUGAAAGAGCAAAACAAAUAAAGGCUGGAGUGCAAAGAAAAAAUGAACAGAGAUGUUCAGCAUCAGGAGAACUUUUUGAAAUGAGGUUGGUGUUGCUUGGACCACACUAUUCUGGCAAGAGUUCAACAGGGAACACAAUUUUGGGAAGGAAAGCGUUUGACAGAAUAAUAGAAGAGAAUUUAAAAGAAAAUGGGGAAGUUGCAGGAAGGAAUCUCACUGUGGUUUAUACACCAGGUUUUGAGAAAGAUUACCUUAUUGGAAAAAGACUUGAGGACAUUAAACUCAACAUCUUGAGAACUGUAGCAGAACAGUCUUCAGGAAUACAUGCUUUCAUUGUAGUCCUUUGUGUUGAGUCUUCCUUUGCAGAGGAAGAGAAGAGCGCACUAGAGAAAAUCAUGGAGUCUCUCUUUGAAAGAAUCUGGAAUCACACGCUGGUUGUGUUCGCUGUUGGAGAUGAACUAGUAGACACUCCCAUAGAGUUAUUCAUUGCAAGUGAAGGUGACGCUCUCCAGUGGCUCAUUGAGAAAUGUGGGAACAGGUAUCAUGUUCUCAAUACUAAAAACUGGGGUGACGGAUCUCAGGUCACAGAACUGCUGGAGAAGAUCGAGGAGAUGGUGGCAGGAAACAGUGGACGCCUUUAUGAAAUGGACAGAGAGACUUUAGAGAGAGUUGAAAGGACAGUUGCUGUACCCAUUAAAAGAGCACAGAGCAUGGAUAAUCCAGUAAAUAUUGCCGAAGGUUGCAGUCCUUCCUCAGGGAUCAGUUCAGCAUAUGUGUCCCAGAGAUCGCAGGAAGCACCUGAAGAGAGGCGUUUCAAGUCAAGUUCAAAAAGGAGCUCUGGAGUGGAGUCUCUUGGCUCUAUUCCUGAGUUUGAUUAGUUGCUUUUCCACUGUCGAGUCAGUGCGAGUCAGGGCCAACACCGUGCCGGGCCAAAAUCAAGUUGCGUUUCCGAUGUUGGGCCAGUUGCCCCGCAGCGCUACCCUACAACCCAAUAGGUCUCUGAAUGUGUUUCAACUUGUCUAUCAGCGAACUGUGACCGAAUGUCUGUGAACGUAUGCACACAAUUUUAAUGAUUAUUCAG